AUGGCGAUCAGWCCGGCGCCCGAAUCUGUUGCCAAACAUGCAGCGGCCACUAUCCACUCACCUCGAGAUCCAAAUACUCUGUCAAAUUACAACGCSUGGCGAACGAGGCACACCUCUGCCGACUUCGAAGUUGACUUUACUAAGAAGCGUCUAACUGGAAAUGUUCAUCUUACCUUGGAGAAGCUUGGCGAAGGCGAGCAAAAGAUCGUCCUCGACACGAGUCAUCUGGACAUCAGCAAUGUCCAUGUCGGUGGAAAGGAGGUCAAGUGGGACCUCUCAGCCAGCCGAGUUGAGCCAUACGGUAGUCCAUUGACCAUUCACAUCGCUCAGCAGCACCUGGAGGCCGCUGCUCCGCAUCUCACAGUUCGUAUUGGGGUCUCCACCACCAAGGAUUGCACAGCGUUGCAAUGGCUCACUCCCGCGCAAACCAGCAACAAGAAGCACCCUUACAUGUUCUCCCAGUGCCAGGCCAUACAUGCACGCUCCCUUUUCCCAUGUCAGGAUACUCCCGACGUGAAGUCAACCUUUACAUUCAACAUUCGCUCUCCUCUUCCGGUUCUGGCCUCGGGCUUGCCAACUGGGUCUAGGGACUUUGAGCACGGCAAGGAGGGCAAGCCUGGAACUUUGCUGUAUACCUUCCACCAGUCUAUCCCCAUGCCAAGCUAUCUCUUCGCUAUUGCCAGCGGUGAUCUUGCAUCUGCCUCUAUUGGACCUCGCUCGACUGUGUGGACCGGACCGGAAGAACUCAAGGCGAGCCAGUGGGAAUUUGAGGAUGACACCGAAGCGUACAUUCAGUGCGCCGAAAAGAUCGUAUUUCCGUACGCAUGGACUCAGUACUCAGUACUGGUUCUUCCUCCUAGUUUCCCUUAUGGCGGUAUGGAGAACCCUGUCUUCACGUUUGCCACACCGACCGUGGUAUCAGGCGACAGACAGAAUAUUGACGUGAUUGCCCACGAGCUGUCACACUCAUGGAGCGGCAAUCUGGUGUCGAAUGCCAGCUGGGAACACUUCUGGCUCAACGAAGGAUGGACAACAUACUUGGAGCGUCGUAUACAGGCUGAUAUUCAUGGCGACGACAAACAUCGCGACUUCAGUGCAAUAAUCGGUUGGAAAGCGCUGGAGGACAGUAUUCAACAGUUUGGAGAGGAUCACGAGUUCACCAAGCUCAUCCCGAAUCUAAAGGGCGAAGAUCCCGACGAUUGCUUCUCCAGCAUCCCCUACGAGAAAGGCUUUUGCUUCCUAUACCGACUCGAGAAGCUCAUUGGCAAGGCAAAGUGGGAUAAGUUUAUCCCGCACUACUUUUCGACUUGGCAGAGGCGCUCGGUGGAUAGUUACGAGUUCAAAUCAACUCUUCUGGAUUUCUUCGCGUCCGACACUGAAGCAUCGAAGAAACUCGACGAGCUAGACUGGGAUGAGGCCUUCUACAAGCCAGGCUUCCCAGAAAAGCCUGCCUUCAACACUGAGCUUGCAGAUAUGUGCUACGUCCUUGCGGAUAAAUGGCAAGCUCUGAACGAAGGCAAGGCGGAUUUCAAGCCCAGCAAAGACGACAUCAAACAUUUCAUGGCCAACCAAAGUGUUGUUUUCCUCGAGAAGGUGCAGACUUUCUCAAAGCCGCUCUCGCCAGAGCUGGUUGAGCGAAUGGGUGACGUGUAUGAUUUUGCAGCGAGCAAGAAUGUCGAGGUGGUGAGUCGUUAUCUUGUCGUUGGACUGCAGGCUCAUGCCCAGAGUGUAUACCGCCCGACGGCGGCKCUUUUGGGACAAGUCGGACGUAUGAAGUUUGUGCGGCCAUUGUACAGGGAGCUGAUGAAGUGCGAUUUGGAUUUGGCGAAGCGGACCUUUGAGGAGAACAAGGAGUUCUACCAUCCAAUCUGCAAGGGAAUGGUGGAAAAGCUGUUUGAGAAGUAUCCCAAGGGUGCUUAG